AUGAAGUGGAUGCAAGGAAUUACUUUCUUGUGCCUAUUAUUCGCUUCUUUAGCCAAAAUCGAUGGAAAAGAAUCGAGCAAAGUUCCAAGGGGUCAUUUACAAGAGAUAGGUUUACAUCGUGAUUCUGACGGCCAUGUAGAUAUCAUGAAUGAGCCAUAUCCAGCUGAAGAAUUUUGGUCUAAAUAUGUUAGUAAAAGACGACCAGUUCUACUUAAAGGGGCAGCUCAAAAUUUUCCAGCUAAAACUUUAUGGACGGAUGAAUACUUAAAAGAUGUAUACGGGAAGUAUAGCGUAAAAUUAGAGAAAAAAAAAGAAGCUCAGGGUAUUCCCGCUGGUGAUUUAGGUUUAGGUCGUGACACUAUCAAGAAUUUUCUAACGACUUAUGUCGAAGAAAAUAAAUAUGUCGUUUCCCAAUUGCCUAAACCAAUGUAUCGCGAUAUUCUUGUUCCACCUUGCUUAUCCUGUGGUAUUUUUGAGGAUUCCUUAGUUGAAAUCAAUUACUGGAUGAGUAAUGGAGGAACUAAAAGUUUGUUACACAAGGAUGCUCCAAAUAUUCUUAAUUGUGUAUUAAAUGGAACCAAAAACUGGUUACUCAUUAGCCCCAAAUAUGAACAUAUGGUACCUUUAGCAAGAGAACCAGCAAUGGAUGGUGGCGGUUAUUCUGUUUUAAAAGUAGAUAAAGUUGAUUUAAUCCAGUUCUCCAAAUUUAAAGAUUGUCCGUAUUGGUAUGCUAAUGUCUCUGCCGGCGAUUGUCUCUAUGUUCCUUACGGUACUUUACAUCAUGUGCGAUCCUUUGGCGACAAAAAUAUGGCCAUCUCAUAUCUAUUCUCUCGCCGAACAACACAUACAAAAAAAUUUGAUAGCAAAAGUUGUGAAAAUGCAACGUAUAAAAAUUUGACAGAUGUAGAAGUUGCUUGGGAUUUUGAUGGUAUUGGUUCGUUAACGAUGGGUCUACAUGAACCUAAGCAUUAUAGGGAUAGCUUCCUACAUAUUUUUAAAAAAGCAAAGAAGUCGAUUCUACCCGCAAAAAAACUACUGAAGCAUGUUGUCAGGGAUUAUCUUGGUGAAUUUGAAGGAGAGAAGUAUCAAAAAGGAUAUAAAAUAUACAAAGAUAGCUUGCAAAUAACUGAUGAUAAGGAAACCAUAUCAGUUGAUGAUAUCAAGGCUUUACCUAUGCAGUCAUGGAAAAAUAUGAUUAUAUUCAAUGAAAUGGAUCCAGCAAAUACUUUGCAAUAUGAAUAUCGUCAAUUUACACGAAGUGAAGUCUCACCGAUAUUUAAGAAAGCCAUAGGUAAAUCAGGCAUAUUUGAUGGCAAGAAAUUCACAGAAGCCUACGUGGGAACAUUAGGUGGUUCUGAAAGGAUAGCUAAUGAGAUUAAACAAAAAAUGGAUACCAAUGGGGAUGGCAUCAUAACCAAAGAGGAGACGAGAAAUAAUUAUAAGAAAACAAUGAAACUUUUUGAUCAAGAUAUGCCACCUGAGCAUGUUAAUGAUUACGCUGAUAGCUAUGUUUAUCGUAAGGAACGUCCAGAAGUUCCUGAAAAAGAUUCGAUGGAUCCAGAGAGCGAUGAAAAUAUACGAUUGGAUGACGGAAAAGGGAUUUCUGUAGAAAACGGGUACCACCUAUUUGAGCCGCGUGGAGAGAGUGGAAAUCCUAAUGAUCAAAACGACGAAGAAAGAAAUGAAGCAGACGGUAGAGACGAUGAAGGUAAUGGUGAUGAGGAAGAUGAAGAAGAAGAAGGAGAGGAUGGUCCCGGAGACGAUGAAAGAAGUCCAGAAGACGAUGAUAGAGGUCCAGAAGACGAUAAUAAUAUGCAGAAAGGUGCGACUCGUGAUGAAUUAUAA